CAGGCAAUUAACAAACAGGACAUAACCAAAUUAAUUAUUAAUGUGCUUCGUGUGAGAGAUUACACUAAUACAAAAAUGAAAGGUGGACGGAAGUUUCAAAAGUUAUCAUUAAAUGCUCGAGCUGCUCUAGAAAAGGGAAAAUUGAGUCGAUCAUUUUGGCUUCGUUUUAAUGCUAAACAUAGCAGCCUUACAAUCAAACGCCAAGGGAGUGUCUCGAUAAACCGUGCACUUAAUUGUUCAAGAGAAAUGGCAUGUAAUCAUUUAGAUUCCCUUGCUAAAGAACUAGUAGAUGUUGGUAUUAUGAUAAAUGAAAAAAUGAUUGAAACAGGGGUUUGGAAUGGCACUGUUGAUACAUACCGAAUAUUUAAUUGAGAUGAAACACCCCAGUUUAUUAAUUAUGGAAUUGAUGAUACCACUUCUGGAUUAUUUUAUGCUGGCAAAGGAGAUGCAUGUCAAAGAAUGUAUAGAGAAAACAGAAAAUGUGUCACAAUUCAACCAUUUGUUUCAUUUUCAGGCGACAUAUGUAUGUGUCAGGUAAUAUUUAAAUGUACUGGUAUUACUAGUUCUAUGGUUCCAACAGAAGCAGUAAAUAAAAUUCCCCAUUUGUUGGUCACAACUACAGAUAAUGGAGUAUCAACCCAUGAAUCUUUCUUGGCAGCAUUGAAAGAGUUUGAUGUCUACUUAAAUGAAAAAAAUGUUAAGCGACCCAUCGUCUUAUUAUCAGAUGGACAUAGCUCUAGACUAGACUUUGAUGUAUCAUCUUUUUUGGAGUCCAAAAGAAUUCAUCUUUUUCUUACUCCACCAGACACAACAGGAGUUACUCAACUUCUUGACCAAGUAAACAAGAACAUUCAUAGUGAGUAUCGUAAGCAAAAAGACUCUAUGUUUUCUGAUAUCUGUUCCUUAAACAAAGAAGCUUUUAUGUUAGUUUUAGCUAAUAUAUGGGACAAGUGGACAACCAAAGAAACGCUUGUAAAAUCUGCUAAAAGGGUUGGUGUUGCCGAAAAUGCAUUGAGUGUUGAUUUUAUGCAAAAAGACAAAUUCGAACGAGCAGAAAACUGUAUUGAACCAGAAAAACAGACUUCUCCACUAAUUUCUUCGCCGGAUAAAAGACGUGGUUCAGCAAAUUAUUGGAAAUCAAAAUUUGAACAAGCGAUGGAGUUGAUUGAUGAACUUCAUGAAAAGAGCAUUCAGCUGGAAGAAAUACCUGGUUUUAUGACAACCAAAUGUUGAUGUUUUUAUGACAACCAAAUGUUGACUUUCAAAUAGAGUUAUUACAAGAUGUAAUAACUCUAGUUGAAAGCAUAAAAAGAAAAAAAGAAAAAGAAAAGGAAAAAAAAGAAAAUGCUGCAAAAAAGAAAGAGGAAGUUACAAGACUCUUUAUAACAUGUAAGCUUCAAUGCUAUUGCGAGGAGAUAAAAUGUAAAGCUUUUGGCUUAAAGCAGUGUCCAACCUGCCUCAAUAUAAUGCGGUCCAUUUGCAGCAAAGCAAACUGCAAAGUAAAUGGAAAAAACCCAGAAAUGAUUUUAUCUGCAGCUGCUAGAAAGAAAUAACUGUGAUAUUCAAAAUCUUUUUUAUUGAAUGAACUAUUUGUUUUAAAUUUGUUGUAAAGACUUGUUCUGGAUAAACU